CUAGCUAAGCUAGUUUUAGCUGUAGAAAGUUCGUUGUUUUUUAGACAUAGAUAGCUAUAGGAUGGAUGUGUUACUUGAGUCGAAAACAAAACCAGUUUCGACUAUAUCUGUGUAUAGUUACAUUCCACCAAGACGAACUGAACCAAAAGAGAGGACCUAUUAUAACAGUGACUCCAAGGUUUGGAUGGUUACUACUUGCUAGCUAACGUUUGCUAACGGCUAGCUAGCUAGAAAACAUAUAUUUCUCUCUCUCUUUCGGUCUCUCGCACUCUCUCUCUCUCUCUCUCUCUCUCUCUCUCUCUCUCUCUCUCUCUCUCUCUCUCUCCCUGUGUGUGUGUGUCCCUCUCAACUUUUCUCUUUCACUCCCUAACCCCUUUGUCUCUCUCCCCCUCUCUUUUCUCCCAGCUAGCACAUUUGGUUCCUUAGAAGUUGUGGGAAUGUACGUUUUUUGUUUCCAAUUGGUUCUGGGAACAAAGCCAUACAUUUCCUGACUGAGAAUGGAACUGAAAAUGUAGUCUGUUCUGGGAACGUUAAUUUUAGGUUGCAGGGAGGUUAUGAGAACGUUUUACUAUUAUUCCCUGGAAGUGUUGAACUCCAAGCACAGAUAGGACACAUGGAAAUUCAUUUGCUUAAGCAUUAAUCAUGCAAACACAUUUAAAUUUAUUUUUAUUUUUAUUGUGGCAUGUGAGCUUCAAACCUACAGUAUGAGCUUCUGUUUUCUGUUCAUGGAAUUUGUCCACUGCGCCACCAGGAUGGAGAUAGCAUGCAAUGUUUUUUUUAAACUCGCACAAAUGGUGCAUUCGUAAAUUACUUCAAGUGUGUCAGAGUGCUUUCUGGGUCAUUCUUAAGUUCAGAGUUGUCAGAUUGUCUGUCAAUCUUCAGAGCGUUUCUCUCUUGGAUGUUCAGAGCGCACACUGGACACUCUGGCCUAGGAGUAGGGUUGAUCCAAGCGUUCUGACCUCACAGCGGCAGUCAAGCACCCAACCUAACUGGCACAAAUGAGAGAACACCUCACUCUGACGAUUUUACUCGCCCUAGCAGAGAUAGUUAGGCUGUUUUCAUGUUAUCUAGGGUGUUAGUGACUGUAACUGUGGUGCUGGCAACAAUUUAAUUACGUUUUUUUUGCCAACGUUUACUGACACCGGUCAUAUUCAAUGGGUGUUGCGCGUUCGUAAAUUCAUCAGUUAUUCUGCGCUCUGGCACACUCAGACAAGAGUGCUCUGAAAUUGGAGUAGAUAGCCAGAGUGAAUUUACGAACGUAACCAAAGCAUUUUAGUGUAAUCAUACACACCCCAUUUCAAAGGAAACAAGAACUCAUUAAGAACAGGUGUGGCCAAUUAGUGAGUGCGGCCAACACACCUGAACACACUUAACAAGAUGGAGGAUAGAGAGAGUUUUGUUGACGCUGAGAACAGAAUGUAUACCAGUGGAUGCUGCUGAGGGGAGGACGGCUCAUAAUAAUGGCUGGAACGGAGCAGAUAGAACAUCAUCAAAUACAUGGAAACCAUGUGUUUGAUGUAUUUGAUACCAUUCCACAAAUUCCGCUCCAGCCAUUACCAUGAUCCCGUCCUCCCCAAUUAAGGUGCAACCAACAUCCUGUUACGUAUAUGUUUUAAAAUAAUAUUCUCAGAACAUUCUUAGAAUGUUCUUUGACGUUACUAAUGUUUUCUUGUGGUUUUUAUUGAAAGUUCCCACAGAAGAACGUUGUUUCUAAGAAUAUGAAUGAGAACAUAAAUUUAACUAGAACCAUGAGUAAACCUGUAGGAAACGUUAUGCUGAUGUACAGGGCGGCAGGUAGCUUAGUGGGUAAGAGCGUUGUGCCAGUAACCGAAAGGUUGCUGGUUCUAAUCCCCGAGCCGACUAGGUGAAAAAUCUGUCGAUGUGCCCUUAAGCAAGGCACUUAACCCUAAUUGCUCAUGUAAGUCGCUCUGGAUAAGAGCGUCUGCUAAAUGACUAAAAUGUAAAUGUAAAAUGUACUGAAAUUCACACAGACGAACGUUGUUUCUUAACGUUCUCUGAACAAUUUCAAGAAAAUUACAGUAUAUUGUCAAGUUACUUAAAUGUGCUGAGGAUGUUCCAAAGCAAAGCAACUAUCCUGCACCAUUCCCAGAAUGUUGUGGGAAGGUUGUAUGCAAAAUAACCAUAGGACAACCACGCUCUCACCAAGCUUUAAGAAACAUAUGGUUCUCAGAACGUUAUGUUCUAGCUGGGCUCUCUCUCCCUUCACCUUUCCCUCUCUCUUCCUGACUAGUCUUGAAAAACCGACCUGAAAACCCAACCUAGGGUCGGGUUUUCAAGACUACUCCCUCACCCCCACUCUCACACACACACACACACACACACAGCAACCUAUAAUGGAUUUUUCUUAUCCAAUAAUCCAUAGGCACGGGAGGUAUCCUUAUACGACUGCAUAUACCGGCGGGCGGAAGGCUAUGACAGCAAACUACACCGCGAUGAUAGAGAACACUCCAACAGCAGGGGACUAGACUUGUACUCUGAGGUAACUAGCUAGCUACAGAUGCCAUAUCUUAAUUUGAUCAUCCUGUUUUUGCAGGAAUUUACCUGCACAGCAGGAAAUGCAAACUUGUAGUGUAUUCAAGGUUUAAAAAGUAUUCUAAAGUUUGUAAUUUCCACUUUAACAUUUCAGACUUAAUUUGCCCUAACGAAAAAUGUAUCAACCCCUACAAAAAAUCUCAAUUUAAUGGAAUAAUUCACAUUACCUGUUGCUGCAGGAUUAUUUUCCUGCUGUGAGAAAGUGGGUCAAAUUAAGAUACGGCAUCUGUACAGUAACACCUGUUGCUCCUGCGCUGAUCUAAGUAGGUGGUGUUAAGAUUUGGGGAGGGCAAGGUGGUGUAGCAGCCUCCCUGUAUGCCCUGAUACGGUUAUUAUGACCACCAUUAUGAUGUGUACUUAAACCAUAGUGUGCUAUAACUAGCCUAUCUAUACCAAGGGGUUUGAACCUUUAUGGCACAGGUGUUAGUGCACUCACUCUAAAAUGACAGAGUUAUUGGUUCAAGUUCACUAGCACAUUAGAGGCAGCUGCCUAUAUACAUAGAUUAGAAAUCACUGGCCACUUUAAUAAAUGGAACACUAGUCACUUUAAUAAUGUUGACAUAUCUUGCAUUACUCAUCUCAUAUGUAUAUACUGUAUAUUAUACUAUUCAACUGUAUCUUAGUCUAUGCCGCUCUGACAUUGCUCGUCCAUAUAUUUAUUUAUAUAUUCUUAAUUCCAUUGCUUUAUUUAGAUUUGUGUGUAUUGGGUAUAUGUUGUGAAAUUGUUAGAUAUUACUUGUUAGAUAUACCGCACUGUCAGAGCUAGAAACACAAGCGUUUCGCUACACCCGCAAUAACAUUACAUUUUACAUUUGAAUCACUUAGCAGACGCUCUUAUCCAGAGCGACUUACAGUUAGUGAGUGCAUACAUUUUUCAUACUGGCCCCCUGUGGGAAACGAACCCACAACCCUGGCGUUGCAAGCGCCAUGCUCUACCAACUGAGCUACAGGGGACUAUCUUCUAAACACGUGUAUGUGACCAAUAAAAUUUGAUUUGAUUUGAUUUUAAGUCCCUAGAUCUCUGCCUAUGACAAUUCCUAUCAGCUACAUUUGAAUAGCCUGUUAUUAAACCAGACCAAAUCUAGCUGUAGUUUCAUGAAACUAGUCCAACAUUUUCCCAGUUGACAGUCUGUUUGACCCGAAGCAGGUGUGGCAGCAUCUGCGCUAGCCGGAAAGUGCGUAGGUAGGUGAACAGGUGGUUAUGGGAGUAAAUACAGCUAGCAGCUGGCUGUCACUAUGCCGCUGGUGGUUGUUAGCGAGGUGGACGUUUCCCUACACUUGCUGUGCUGAAACUUUGUUAGAGUAGCUCAGUUGGUAGAGCAUGGCGUUUGCAACGCCAGGGUUGUGGGUUCGAUUCCCACAGGGGGUAUGAAAAAUAAUAAUGUAUGCACUAACUGUAAGUCGCUCUGGAUAAGAGCGUCUGCUAAAUGACUAAAAUGUAAAUGUAAAUUAUGCUUGUCAGGUAGGAAGCAGCACCAGUGGUGGGUCUAGUUUCUGGGUCAGUGAAAGUGGAGAAGUUGACUAGCUAAGUGAGUGGACACACACACACACACACACACUUGUAAAGUGAGUGGGCUGCACUCACUGUAGAGAGGUUUAAUUACAGUAAAGUUAAGUCUUACCUAUCUGAGAGUAAUUCUGUAAAGUUAAGUCUUGCCUUUCCGAGAGUAAUUCUGCGCUCAGUGACAGCUCAUGGUGUGAACUGGAGGAAAUCCAUUUUAAACCCACAGAUAUGAUCAAACUCAGCUACAGCAUCAACCGACCUCCAAUUACAGGUGUAAACACAGAGAUUAUAUAUAUCAUUGUAUGGGUGUAAAGCUGUGUAAUGGUGUUCUGGUAAGGUGUUGAACAACUAAAUGAUUAACCCGCUCUCUCUUCCCCUUUUCUUCUCUCUCUCUCAUUCACCAUCUUUCUCAUUCACCAUCUUCCUCUUUCUCUGUCACUUUCUCCUAUCUCUAUUACCCUUUCCUCCCUCUCACCUCAUUCCCUGUUUUUCUUCUCUGUCAGGAGUCUUCCAGACCUGCACCAGUCUUGUCCUCAUCAGAGUAUGGCAGACGCCUGCCUCCUCUCCUCUACACACCUGGCAGGCAGUUUGCCCGCAUCUCUCACAUACACACAGAGUUCUUCAGGAAAAACGGGAUCACACGUAAUUUCGAGGAGGGAUACGGAUCAGUGGUUCCUGUGUGAGGAAGACCGUAUUCCCAACACUAGAGAGAGAGCAGUGAGGGAGGGAGAGUGGUGGUUUUAUCAAUGUGAAUAUGUAUGGGCACAACAACACACCCAACUGAUACAGUCAGUGUGGUGCUGAGUAGUAAAGAUAUUUAAAGAUAUAGAUCAUUAUAGAAAUAGAGGUAUAUUCAAAG